CCCGCCCCGCACCGGCACCGGCACCGGGGACAGCGGCAGCGGGGACAACGGCAGGCGGCCGCCCCCCCUUACCGCCCGCUUCUCGUCCGGGGGACCCUUGGGCAGCCGCGCUCCACCCCCCCGUCCCGGAGGGACAACGGCUCUCAGCACGCUGCUGCGCUGCUUCUUCCCCUGCGAGCGGCUGUGCGGGGGCUGCACCAUGCCCCCCGCACCCCCGCGGCCCCCCGGGGCUCUGCCACCGGCCGUGCUCCCUGCCCGCCGCCACCGGGUCCCUGCCACCACUCGUCUGCCUCCCCGGACCUUUCACAGCUACCUACCGCGCUCCCACCGCACCUACAGCUGCGUACACUGCCGUGCGCACCUGGCCAGGCACGAGGAGCUCAUCUCCAAGUCCUUCCAGGGCAGCCAUGGCCGUGCCUACCUGUUCAACUCGGUGGUUAAUGUGGGCUGUGGCCCGGCCGAACAGCGCCUGCUGCUCACUGGGCUUCACUCUGUGGCUGACAUCUUCUGCGAGAACUGCAAAACCACCCUGGGCUGGAAAUACGAGCAGGCAUUCGAGAGCAGCCAGAAGUACAAGGAGGGGAAGUUCAUCAUCGAGAUGUCGCACAUGGUCAAGGAGAACGGCUGGGAUUGAGCAGCAUGGGAGGGACACCACAAUGGCACCUACCCUGGCAGGCACCUGGCAUUGGACAACUGACAUGGGCCCUCCCCACUUUGCUCUCCAGGGAGGGCACCCCAUGCCAGCCUGUGCCACCUGCUAGGGUGAGGGCAUGGGGCCCGUCACCAGCACACAGAGGCUGCGGGCAGCUUUUCUAGUGGAAUAAAAGACUUUUGUAGGAA